CCGUGUGGGAGCCUCCCUUCCCGGUCGAGGGCGGGCUGCUCGGCCCCCGUCAAAAGGCGUCACAGGCGGUUCUCGUUAUUUAAACUUGAUUCUAGACCUCGGGAGAGUUUUUGUCAGGCGGGAGCGCGUCGCCUAGCAGCAGACCAGAGCGGGACUUUCUACCUUCCUCCCUGCGUGGAUAUUUUGUGUGGUCGCCGUUUCCAGGCCCACCGGCACCGGCAUGCCCUACAGCGUGACUCUCAAGGGACCCUCCCCGUGGGGCUUUCGCCUGGUCGGGGGACGCGACUUCAGCACGCCGCUGACGAUCUCCAGGGUGACGGCCGGCAGCAAGGCGGCCCAGGGAGACCUGUGCCCGGGCGACACCAUCCUGGCCAUCAACGGUGACGUCACUGAGCACAUGACCCACAUGGAGGCCCAGAACCGGAUCAAAAACUGCACUCAGCAGCUGUCGCUCGUCAUUAGCAGGUCAGGAUCGGGAGAACGAGUGUGGUCGCCAGCAGUUAGCGAAGACGGCAAGACGAGCCCUUACAUGGAGUCUGACUCGCAGAACUUCCGGCCCAUCACCAGCGGCUACACCAACUACAGUCGCAAGCCCUCAUACACCCCCGAGCCCCAACCCCCGCCGCCUCAGCUGCUCCCCCAGCAGCACCAUCAGCAGCCGCAUCCCACCAACCACGUGCUCAACGGCGACUCCAAGACCAAUAACGGCCACAGCUACGUGUACGGCAACGGGCACGCUCAGUACAACAACCCGACUCCGCUGUACGCCCCCAACGGCAGCACCGGGGACCAAUCCCUCCACAGCAAAAUGGGAGGUCUCAGCCUGAGCGCCCCUCACAGCCCCGAACCUCCCGCACCCUCUCCCGUCCAGAGCCGCAACGGCGUGGACAUGCAGUCGCACGUCUACAAGAUGCUGACGGACUAUGAGGAGCCCUCCUCGGAGCCCAAGCAGUCCGGAUCCUUCAAGUACCUGCAAGGGAUCCUGGAGGCCGAGGAUGGCGGCGGGUCCCCGACAGAGAGGAUGAGGAACCUGAAGUCUCCCGUCCGAUCCCCGGUCCCCAAGCUGGGAAGCCCCAUCCCGAGUGGCGUGUCGGGCCUUCAGAAGCUCCCACAGUGUACGCGCUGCUCGAACGGCAUCGUGGGCACCAUCGUGAAGGCCCGCGACAAGCUGUACCACCCCGAAUGCUUCGUGUGCGACGACUGCGGCACCAACCUGAAGCAGCGCGGCUACUUCUUCAUCGAGGACAACCUGUACUGCGAGACGCACGCCAAGGCCCGCGUGCAGCCUCCGGAGGGCUACGACGUGGUGGCCGUCUACCCAAACUCUAAGGUGGAAAUCGUGUGAGGCGACCGGAUGAAGACACUGAGUACGCGUGUGCGCGGACGUUUUGGCGAAGGGCUUUCUAACACUCCAUCGUACCUUCAGUUUGUAUUUGGUGUUUGGGGAACGUCACUUUUUCCUCUUUGUAGCAGCGAUGCAUCACAGGUGUGUGUCACGGAGAGCACUGGCGGAAUGUCAGCGUGUUGUUUGGCUGAACUCUAACCCCGGCUAAACGGCUCCAUAUGCAAGCAUGCCAGCUCCACCUUUGCAAGUGUAAACAAAAAAAAUCCACAGGAGAAAGAAAAGAACACUUUUCCUUUCUUUUCCAAUUCUUUUUAGCCGCAUUUCCCAUGCUGUGUUUACCCGACAGGCUUCGAGUGACACCCAUUACUAAACAUGCGGAAAGCGAUCCCGAUCAAGACUGGAAAAAAAAUUGUCAAUUCUAGCAAUGAAAUAGUCAUUGUAAUACAUUGGUGCCUCGCGUUUUUGACACAUUUUUUGAUUCACUUCAAUGGACAUUGCUGUUCCUUCUGCUGAGCACGUCUUGGUCAUCUGGGGGCAGUAUAAUGCAGACAUACGGAUAUAGAGCACAUGGAGAUGUCUUAGCUCCUCAGCCAGCAGCAGUAAUAUGAAUGCCUCGUCGCAGAGGAUAAAGAAUACAUGCCUGUGAGUAUUGCUAGAUUAUCCGUGGACAUCUAUGACUCCACUGAUUGUGUUCGAAUAGUCAUUGCUUAAAGGGUUAUAACACCACAACCGUUAGCCCGUCAAUGGCAUUUUGCAUUGUUUGUUAGCAUUAAGCUGAACAGACUAAUCUAAAGCAAAGCUAUUUGGUUGUUUUAAAUACAUAACGUCUCAUCGUCUUUGUUUUAUGUUUUGUUUGACUAGUAAACUUCAACUGGGAGUGGCAUUAAACAGCUUGAAGUCUCUUUUGUGAAGAAUUGUUUUCUAUCUGCUAAAGUGCUGAAGUUGAGUUCACUGCCACCAUAAGGCGCUCGUAUCGCAAAUGUUUUAUCACAAGUCGAAGCAAACAAUCAGCUGGACGACAGCCUUUAUAUAAAAACACUCAUAAGUCGGGUCACUCGUAUCUCAAGGCACCACUGUAGAUAAAACCGUACAAGAAAUAAAUUAAUAACAAAUAAAUAAAAAUAGUCAAGUUUGGGGACCUAACAAAAUUGAUGUCAUCCAUUUUUUUCAAUGAAAUCUACUUUUAUCAUAAAAUAUGAGAACUUUUUUUUAGAGUGCAAUUGUAAAUGUUGAAAAAUGUAUAUUGUCGCCACACUACACUUUUUUGCUGUUGUAUAUAUAACACCUUCUCCUCUACUUUUGUAGUUUUCUCUUCAGUACGUCUUCUCGUUUUGUUUAUUAACUUAUUGUUGUGCCAACACUCUCAACACACACAAAACUGUUCAAAAAUAACAGUGCAAACAUUUGAGAACCAGUUAUUGUGCUGUAAUAAUUAGAAUGUGAAUAAUAAUACGAAUAAUAAGGCUUUAUUAUAUGUGGAGUCCCUCAGGGUUCCAUCGUUCAUGUGCCUGAACGCGCCCCCUGUUGAUGUCAUUCACUUGCCAACUGUCUUUUUUUCUGGAUUGUUUUGACUUCAUUAAAUGAUUUGAUUAAAAA